AUGAAGCACAAAUAUAGGCUUGCUUUUUUAAUAACUUGGACGCCAAUGAUGCUGAGCCUAAGGAUACCUCCAGUUCCCUGCCCUAAUUACUUUGGCUACUAUAAAGAUGAACAAGGAAAAGUAUACGGAUCAGCGGAACUGCCAUACGAUAAAUCCCCGUGGUUAGUAUUUAGUGUAAACGCAUCUUUCUUGGGAAAAUUUGACCAACCGGAACUAAGACUGGAAAAAGUAACUAAACUACAUGAGCUAAACGAUGGUACGCCGACCGUUAAAUAUAACAUAUUUUUCCCAUUUACCGACGUUAUUCCUAAAAUCACUGAUCUCACAUAUAACGGUAAAAUCUACUGUAGGGGUUCACCAGAACUAUUAGAAGAAGGAAGUCCCGGAGUAACUAAUGUUCGGAACCAAACAUACUUUAUGUUUUCCCAACAAGAAUAUGGAUUCUAUGCACCAGAAACUCAACCAGAUACUUCAGAUGACGUUAUUCCUGUUCAAAGCCUAAAUGAAAAACCAACGGUACUUCAACCACUAUCAACAACGAUACCGCCUAAAGUCAGGCCAUUAACGCCUAAGAUUCCACAAUUCCACAUGUCACGGGUGACACCUACUCAGGACAUUAAUACAUCAAACAAUCCAACUACAGAAAUAAGUAUAAACCUAAUCAACGACUUAUUUAUUACACCAUUCACAUGCGGAGUGGCAGCUGGUAACGAAUCAGGUGCUACUGAGACUAAACUUGGACAAUACCCUUGGCUGGUUGCUUUGUUCUGGCAGAGGAGAUUCAGUUUCAACUACAAAUGCUCCGCAACAUUAAUUUCAGAUAAACAUGUCCUGACCGCUGCACGUUGCUUUCAGUACAAUGAUGAUCAAUUAAAAAAUAUCGCAGAAAUAUUCCUAGUAAUGGGAACCAAUAACUUAGACAACUGGAAGACUAAUGGAGCCAUCACCAGGACAGCUAGUCGAGUGGAUGUACAUCCCAAUUAUAAAAAGAAUAAAGAAUCUGCUCAUGGGGAUAUUGCUAUUAUUUUAUUGAAUCGCCGAGUACAAUUUACCGAUGUCAUCAAACCAGUAUGUCUAUGGAAAGGCGAUACCGAUCUCUAUCCGCUGACCCAUAAAAUGGGAGUAAUAGCAGGUUUCGGUCAAAACGAGAACUCUCCCCAAGAAGGUUUGACGCAUUUUAUAAGAGCUAAACAAGUGAACAUGCCUAUUGUAGCUCAAACCGAAUGCUUCACAAGUCCCCUGGGACUUCAGGACCUUAUUUCUGACAAAACUUUUUGCACAAAAAGUGAUGAAAGACAACUGACAGGUCCCUGCAAAGGAGACACUGGUGCAGGAUUCUUCAUAUCCAUGUAUGGAGCAUACUAUUUAAGAGGUAUAGCAUCGGUUAUUCCAUUUAAAGACGGAAAUUGUGAUUUGACAACCAGAUACGUAGCGUUUUGUGACGCUGCCAAGUUCUCGGAUUGGAUAAAAUCCCACAUGACGUAA